AUGAUAGCUGAUCUAUACUUCACAACCAUCUACUUGUACACUUCAGAAGUUCUACCGACCAAUGUUCGUGGCAGUGGUCUUGCUAUUUGUUCCAGCACUGCUAGAAUUGGCAGUAUCAUGGCCCCCUUUGUGAUUGUGGCCAAUAAAGUCAGUCCUGAUAUAAACUUUACUGCCAUCCUUGUGUCUUCUAUCAUGUGUUUUGUUAUGUACCGCUGGAUGCCGGAGACUCACGGUAAAUUACUACCGGGGACUCUGUCAGAGAUGAAAGAUUUGGUGGAGGGCAAGGUUAAGUCCAACAUUAUUGAGAUGAGAGCUGGGGAUCAUGUUAGAUUAUUGGACAGUGAGUCAGAUGAUGAUGAGAGCCAUUUUGCUGUUAGUCAAGCAUAG